CAGGCCCACCCCAGACGCUCUCUCCCCCGGCUGCUGCGCACUCUGAUUCCGGUGAGAAUCGAACAGCCGGCGCGUGCGGUGCAGCAAGUCUCCGUGCGGCCGCCGGUUCAAGAAGCGGGAGGUGACCAGAUCGAAUCGCAGAUUUCAUCAUGUCCUCGUUUGCCGGUAUAUCUAUGGUAACCGGCAGCGAGGAUUGCUUCAUACCAGCCGCCAGCAAGGCGCACAUCACACCGGCUGUCGACGCCGGCACAGACAGCGGGUACCACCUGCUUGUGGUAAAAGAAUACUCGCGUGCCGUACAAGACUUACCCAAUGGCAACAAAAUCUGGUCUGGGCCUUUCAUGGUAGGAGGUCAUCAGUGGUGCAUCCACUGCUAUCCUAAUGGUGGCGACCCGAGUUGUGCUGACUUCAUUUCUCUCGAUCUUUGCCUUGACGAUGACAGCGACGAUGACCAUGACGAAAUGGAAGAGUCUGUGGAGGCGAAGUUCCAGUUUAGCUUCAUUGACCAGGUUGAGUAUCAAAAGCCAAUGUACAUUCGUGCACGUGAAACACGAAGCUUUUCCAUCGAACAUCGUUGCUGGGGCUGCAUGAAGUUUAUGAAGAGAGAUGCGCUUGAACGAUCUGCUCAUCUAAAGGCUGAUUGUAUCACCAUCCGGUGUGAUAUCAUGGUUUGCAAUGAUCUCAACACCCAGGACACCGUGUCUGACAUAGGCCAACAUUUUAAAUUUCUACUUCAAGAUAAGCUGGGUUCUGAUGUGACUUUUGAGGUCAGCGGCGAGAUGUUCCCUGCACACCGGUGCGUGCUUGCAGCCCGAUCUAAAGUUUUCAGGGCACAGCUCUUUGGCCCCAUGACAGAGGGUGUUACGUCCAGUGCCAUACAGAUCAAAGACAUGGAAGCAAAAGUCUUUGCGGCUUUGCUUAGCUUCGUCUACUCAGACUCAUUUCCUAAGAUGGAGGACGAAACACAAUCCGUCGAAGGAGAAGAAAAGGAUGAAACCCCAGAAGUCGAGGAAGGACAAGAAGAGGAAGCAACAGAGCAUGUAACGUGGCUGCAAGACUUGUUUGUAGCGGCAGACAGAUAUGAUAUCCAACAGCUCAAGUUCUUAUGUGAAAAGCACUUGGCCAAGCACAUAGGUGUGACCUCGGUUGCGCCCACUCUUGCUCUAGCUGAGCAGCACCACUGCCAAAGAUUGAAGGAGGCGUGCUUCAAGUUUAUUGAAGCCCAAUCUCCUGAAUGCUUGGAUAAAGUAAUGGCGACUGAUGGCUGGUAUCAUAUGAUUUCGACGCAUCCCUCUGUUUUGAACGAGUUUGUUGCCAAGCUUGUGUCCAAUCAGAAUAAGAACAUGAAGACGAAGCAGUAGAGGAUGUAAUGUGGCUGGAAGUAACAGUAUUAUGCAUAUAUGGGAUAGUAUUCUCUAGGUAAUCUUGUCUUGCUUUUGUUACAUCAGAUUGCUUCCUAUGUGCUGAAUCAUAAAUAUGGGCUAAUAUGGACUUGUACAGUCUGUAUUAUCAUGUGCAAGCAUCCACAUUGAACUAUGCAAGUUCCCUGGCUAGUUGUUUCUA